AUGACAAAUUGGCCGAGUAUACAAGAAUUAAGAAAAUUCGAAUCAAAAUUUAUUGACAAUUCAAAAUAUGAAGAUUUAAAAUUAACAUCAUCUAAUACGAUACCAUCUACUACAACAGAUACAACAACAACAGCAACAGCAACAACGACAAACGUGAAUGAAUCCAUAACGGCGAGUAAAACAAAAAUUAUCGAUUCAGACGAUUUAAAUUUUAUCGAAAAUAAUAAUAAUAAUAAUAAUAAAAGCGUUGAAAAUUUAUGUUGUAAAACUGUGAGAUGUGUUAUGAAAAAAAAUAUACAAGAUAGUAUAAAAAAAUACGAUAGAGGAGACGUGGAAGCAGAAAAAAAAGCGGAAAUACUUAAAAGAGAAGAAGAAAGCAGAGCGUUGAGACAAAAUUUAGCCGCAUUAAGUUAUAGACAAUGGAAAGAAAGGCUCAAAGGAAGAACAAUGACUCUACCUAAAAACGGAUAUCAAAUAUUCGGUCCUAAACCGAUACCCGUCGUUAAAGAAGAUUGGAAUCGUAAUUUUAUCAACAGCAGUCCACGUCAUAAUAAUAAUAAUAAUAAUAAUCAAAACGGUUUUAAUUUAAGAAUAUCGAAAUCGAAUACGUCAUCAACAAUGUUUGCAUUUCGACCUGAAUUAAAAGAAUUAGAAAAUUAUAAAAAAGAUGGAGAAAACGAUACGAAAAUAACAACGACGACGACGACCAUGAUGGCGGCGGCGGCGGCGGGGGCGGAAUUGGCGACGAUAUUGGAUAAAAAUAAAAAUUUAAUAAAAAAUGUUAAAAGCGUUUUCGAUUUAAAUUUUAUACCGUUGAAAGAAUUACAAACGGAAUCAACAUCAAAAAUUAAUUUUUAUAAAAAUGACAUAACGGUCGUCCCACCAUCCCAACAACAACAACAACCGACAAAUUGUUUAUUAACGGAUAUACAACCGAAUAAUAAAAUCCAUUAUUCAACGUCACACACCAAUCAUUUAUUUACAAAUAAUAAUAAUAAUAAUAAUAUAUUAAAUACGGAUUAUUAUACGAAUAGAGAAAAGCCUUACAUACGUCAUCACACUGUCGCCAACAAUUCCGAUACGAUGCCGUUGAAAAAAAAAUUAGAUUUAUAUAUAAAUGCACCGCCAUCUCGUACUACACUCGCCGUUGAAAGGAAAAAAAAUUAUAAAAACGAUAAGAAAACAGCAACAGCAACAACAGGAAUAACAAAAACAAAAUCAUUUGGUCAUAUCGAUAACGAUAAAAUAAUAAAUGAUAAUAAAAAUUUCAUGCCAAUGAAAACGACGAAAAAAAAUAAUAACAUUAACGAACGUAAAAAAGAAGAUGGCGGAGGAGGUGGAUGUACGAUUUUGAAAAAUGUCGACAAAAAACCGUUAAAAAAAACGGAAAGCGUUACGAAUGCAAGUAAAAAUAUAAAAUCGAAAUGUAAUUUAAGAUCGCGAUCGUACGAUAAACAAAUUAAAAAAAAACAAUCCAAAGAAUUAUUAUUAAUUAAAAAUAAAUUAAAUCCAAGAUCUAAAUCGUUUAUUAAAAUCAAUAAAGACGAUUUGAUAAAUCGUUACGUCAGUGAUGACGAUGACGAUGACGACAACGAUGACGACAGCGACAACGAUGAUGAUGAUGGGGAAAGGAAAUUGAUAGAAUGCGAAAUAAAAAAGAAAAAAUUUAAAAAAAAACCGUUAAAAAAAUCAAUUUCGAAUUGUAAUGGCGGCGAUAACGUACGUGGUAAAACCUUCGCGGAUCGUAAUAACGGAAGUGACGUCAAAUUGAAAAAAAAAUACAAAAAGAAAAAUAAUAAUAAUAAUAAUAUUAAUAAUUUAAUAACGAAAUCUCAAUCUUUUACCGACAGUCCGUAUUGUGUUAAAAAUCAAAAAAAAUUAAAAAAUCACGAUAAGAAUAAAACGGGAAAAAGGAAAAAUUUUAAAGAUGGCGAAACUAAAAGUGAUACGACAACAAACGCGGGUCAAAAAUUAAAAAAAUCAUGA